GGAAAGGGAAAGCGGGGAGCGAGGGGUGGAGCCAAGAAAGCGCGCCUUCUGGGAAGGGGUGGGGCCUGGUUAAAGAGCGCCGCGUCACAUCCGGGAGACUUAGAGCCCGUGCGGAGGCGGUACGGUGCGCUUCGCUUCUCAGCGUCUCGGGAACCACUGCGUGGUGCGAGGCUGCGGCGGAGCCUCUAGACAGAAGGCGCAAGAGGUUGGCAGCUUCGAUUGAAGCACAUCGAGCGGCGAAGGCAGACAGGAGUCAUGAGCGACAGCGGCGAGCAGAACUACGGCGAGCGGGAAUCCCGUUCUGCUUCCAGAAGUGGAAGUGCUCAUGGAUCUGGGAAAUCUGCAAGGCAUACCCCUGCAAGGUCUCGCUCCAAGGAAGAUUCCAGGCGUUCCAGAUCAAAGUCCAGGUCCAGAUCUGAAUCUAGGUCUAGAUCCAGAAGAAGUUCUCGAAGGCAUUAUACAAGGUCACGAUCUCGGUCCCGCUCCCAUAGAAGAUCCCGUAGCAGAUCUUACAGUAGAGAUUAUCGAAGACGACAUAGCCAUAGUCAUUCUCCCAUGUCUACUCGCAGGCGUCAUGUUGGGAAUCGGGCAAAUCCUGAUCCCAACUGUUGUCUUGGAGUAUUUGGAUUGAGCUUGUACACUACAGAAAGGGAUCUAAGAGAAGUGUUUUCUAAAUAUGGCCCAAUUGCUGAUGUGUCUAUUGUAUAUGACCAGCAGUCCAGACGUUCAAGAGGAUUUGCCUUUGUAUAUUUUGAAAAUGUAGAUGAUGCCAAGGAAGCAAAAGAGCGUGCCAAUGGAAUGGAGCUUGAUGGACGUAGGAUCAGAGUUGAUUUCUCUAUAACAAAAAGACCACAUACCCCAACACCAGGAAUCUACAUGGGGAGACCUACCUAUGGCAGCUCACGCCGUCGGGAUUACUAUGACAGAGGAUAUGAUCGAGGCUAUGAUGAUCGGGACUAUUAUAGUAGAUCAUACAGAGGAGGCGGUGGAGGAGGAGGAGGAUGGAGAGCCGCUCAAGACAGGGAUCAAAUAUAUAGAAGACGGUCACCUUCUCCUUACUAUAGUCGUGGAGGAUACAGAUCACGAUCCCGAUCUCGAUCAUACUCUCCUCGUCGCUAUUAAAAAGCAUGAAGUUGAAGACUUUCUGAAACCUGCCCUAGAGUUGGGAUAUUGUUCGUGGACAAUAUUUUUUAUUGUCUCCUGUUUAAAAAGUGAACAGUGCCUAGUGAAGUUAGGUGACUUUUACACCUUUUAUGAUGACUACUUUUGGUGGAGUUGAAAUGCUGUUUUCAUUCUGCAUUUGUGUAGUUCGGUGCUUUGUUCAAAGUUAAGUGUUUUCAGAGAAGUAUGUUUUGCAUGUAUUUUUUUACAGUCUAAAUUUUGACUGCUGAGAAGUUUCUAUUGUACAAAACUUCAUUUAAAAGGUUUUUCUACUGAAUCCAGGGUAUUCUGAAGAUCGAAGCCUGUGUGUAAAAUGCUACCAAAUGGCAAAAAGCAACAAUAAAGUCUGGUUUUUACUUUUCUUUCUAACAUAUCAAUGCUUAGCAGAACUGCUCAGAUUAGAUUGUCAGUAAAAUUCAAGACAAAAAUGCCCAUUUUCCUCCAGUCCAUGAAACAUACCAUAUACUUAAUAUACCUGCAGUUAAGUGUUAAAAAUUAUGCUCUGUAACUCUAUACUGCUAGUAUUAGAACUAAAGAACUUUCAAUACAGUAAAUGCUUAAUGCUUAUAUAAAUGUGGAUUUGUUGGCCUUUAUGUAAUAAUCUGUAUUAUAUAUAGCAGGGAAUAAGAUAAGAGUUACACAAUGUAUGCCUUAAAAAGGCUAUUUCUUAAAGCUGUUACAAGGCGAUAAUGGUAUUUCAACUAGUUAUCAGCAAGUUACAAUACAUUCCACCACAAAUGUACUCUUGUUCUUCUAGCUUUUAGCCUAUAUGGAAAAACGGGGUGCUUCAGAGUUCGGGAAAAGAGAAGGGAACACUAUACCUGUGUUGUGGAUGAACUGAAGACUUUGCCUGUUCAUUUUUUAAAUAUUAUUUUCAGGUCCUUUGCUUACCAAAGGAGGCCCAAUUUCACUCAAAUGUUUUGAGAAAUGUGUUUAAAUAAAUGCAAAUGAAAAGAGUAAAA